AUGACCAAGGGCAAGAUAGUGCUCUGGAUCGUGGGCAUCUGGGUGGCGAGCAUCAUCCUCGCCCUCCCGCACUCGCUCUUCAACCAGGUGGUCGACGACUCGCCCUCGCCGUACCUCGACCAGCAGGGCCGCUCCCGGAAGGCCCGUCGCUGUCGGGCGAUGUACCCGCCGGACUACGUGGACACCUUCAAUCUGAUCCUCAGCCUGGAGACGACGCUGACGCAGUACCUCCUCCCGCUGACGGUCACCGCCGUGCUCUACGCCAAGAUCGCCCUCAUCAUCCAGCGACAGGGACAGCUGGCGAG